UCAAGAAAGUUCAGUAAUACAGAUUAUCAUUAUUAUUGUUAUAGAAUUUUAUUAUUUUAUUCCAGAAAUGCUUUUGUUAUAAUCAUAUCUGUUGAUAGAAAUGAGAAUAUGACAGAAAUAUGUCGAUAAUUCCAUCCCUUUCUACCACUAAUUAUUAUCAGAAUAUUUAAGUAUAUAGAUGGGUAUAAUGGAAAGAGACUGAAUGCGCAUCGGAUGAAUACCCAAUUAGAAUAAUGACAAUAAUAAUAAUGAAUAAACAAAUUAAAAAUUUGAUACUGUACCGCCUAGUGGUAUACACUUUAAUUUUACGCGUUGUUGAGCCAAGAAAUUCUGAUUCGACUAUUGCUCUGGAAAAAAAAAAAUUGCAGAUACUUGAAGAAACUAAAUAAUCGAUUUACAAUCGGAAGGAAAUUAAAUUGUAGCGAUUUUAUUCGCUUUCACUUUAAACGCAUUGUUCGUGUCGCGAUCAUUAUACUGAUUGUGAGUUUGAUGUUCCUUAGAAACAGAAAGAAAAUUCUCACCAUGCAGGUAAUCUCGCGCAGACCACGCGCUAUGUGAAAUAAAAUUGAAAAAGUAUCAAAAAAUAGGGGCAGAGAGGGAGUCGUACCUAAUUGUGACAAUAUUCAUUGAUAAAUCUCCAUCAUUGUUAUGAAGAAAUCCGCUUCUUGAAAUUGUGCACGGGAUUACAAUAUCGGGCUAUAAUUUUCACCGGAAGAUCGAUUGUCUUCCGCCAUAAUGAUUAUGGUUAUUUUCUGGUCUAAUGCUAGUGAAUGCGGUUUUCAACUACAAGAUUUUUGCGGUCUGUAUUCUAUAAUCUAAAUAAUAAUCAUUAAGUAGAUACAAGGGGCAUUCCUCGUAAACUCGACCAGUUUCUGACCCUUACUGUUGAUUUAUUUUUCAUUUUAAUCUUCUCGUAAUUGCAUGAUGGCAGCAUCUGAAACAAACAUCAAUUAAAAAAUUGUGUUGAUUUCUUUUUUUCUUUAAAAUGCUCGUAAGAUUGAAUUUACGUUCGAUAUUCACAGACUGUGGUUUUAUACGAACACUGCCAUAUUCAUACAUAUCGGACAAUUGCAGCGUAUAUGCGAUUCCGAUGGUUCAAAAAAACUAGAAACAAGGUCUCAUUUUGUGAAAAAUGAAAAUCGUAUCAAUACAUAUUUUCAAGGUGUUAAGGUGCGAAUUUAUUCGCAUUGAUUCAGAGUAUAUCAUAGCAUAUUAUAGGGUAUUGUCUACAAUACCAUCAGCUAUAGGUAUGUAUAGAAAGAAAUGAAAACGAUUGAUGAAUGUAAAUCAUUUUAUAUACCAUAUACUUGCAAUGUAUAUAUACUUUAUUUCAACUUACUGGUGAAGAAGAGGGAUCAGUUGGAUCUCAUUUCUUUUUUUUUAAAUCUAAAUCAAGUGGAGCGUGUAACAUCCCAGAACAGCUUCAGUUGAUGAUAAACAAAAGAACGGUGUCUUCGCGGGUCGGAGCUCAUUUUCAUACGCUGCAUCCGCCUCGACGGAACAGAAAAUUUUCUACUAGUUGUACAAGAAUGAAAAUCACCAUCAUAUUUUCGUAUAGAUAGAUGUUAUUGAUUUAAAAAAAAAAAUAGAAAAUAAAAAAUAAAAAUAAACAAAGUGCAACGAAGCCCAUAUAGAAAAUUAUAUCAUUAAAAAAAAUGCGACUCCUGCAAGUCGCGCAUGGGAAAUGGAGUCACUUUAUCUUAAUUUCUUUGACCAUUCAAGUCUGCAGCCAUGGCCUGUCGGCAGCAGAAUACAAAAAUAAUCAUAAUUUCAGGAGGACUUCUUCCACUCCAAAUUCGCUGAUGGACAACAUGAUGAAAAAAUUUUCUUAUCCAAAAAAUGAAGUAACUGCUGGUGUUGGAUACGGACAUCACUUACAUCCGCUUUACUAUCAGGGUGACAAGGAAAUGAUGUAUCCAUGCGCCGUCGAAUGUGGAGAGUGGGUGACGAUGGCAUCUGACGAUAAUACCAACGACGCAAGCAGCAAUGUUGAUGUGGUUACGGUACGUCCGGAUAUUUCUAACAUUGAUAUAACGACCCCCAUACCUCGACCAUAUAAAGACGUCUCUCUGUUACGUCCCAAAAAGUAUCAGUCGCAAACGAGCAUGGUUUCGACCCCAAAGACAACGAGGCACAAUGACUUUGCUAAUUACCAAGAUUUGAAGGGUGCCGAUGGGCAGAUAGUUCCGCAAAAGGCAAAUAACGGAUACAACAGUGCAGAAGUUAGUGAUGCCAAAGAGACUAUGAAUGAUGGAUCAUUGUACGCUAGGUAUCACAACGACUUAAUCAGCGGUUUUGAGGGGGAGAUUGCAGAGAAUACGAAAAACAAGGAAAAUGAGUACUUCGACCCGAUCGAGGAUAGCUUGAGGUACAACCCGCCUUUUUUCAAUGAUGAUGAUAACGAUGAUAUCAACUCUCCUGUGUAUUCAAAGAAAAGAAAGACACAUAAUCCAAAAGGGGAAAGGAUAGAAGAAAAAUACGUCAAACAUAAUGUCAGGGAAGAACAACUUGAAGAUUUGAGAACUAAUAGCUUUGAGACAUCAGAAGAGGAAGACUAUCCUUCCAAUUUUGGGGACCAAUCGAGCAGUUAUAAUCCUCCAAGAUAUAAUUAUCAGGGCGACUACAGGGGAGCAGAACCAAAACCGUUCAAGCCGAGUCCUGAAGUUCCGCUACAGAAUCUACAACAGUACCCCCCAGGUCAUACCGGACAUUUCCGAGGAGGAAAAAAGCCAAACUUUCAAUCUUUUCAUAGUCCCCACAACCAAUUUUCUGAUCAAGAAUAUCGACAAGGCUAUUCCGACUACCCUGCUGAAGAUUAUAGCGACUAUGUUGAACCUGAUGUAAAACCUUACAAUACCCUUCCUCGAGGUAACAGACGUCCAAAUUCUCUCCAAAAAUAUCCAUUUGCAAAGGUUCCGAUUCGGCAAAGACGUCCUUUGACCUAUGGGUGGAACGGAAAACACCCAUCAACAUAUGUAUCAGGUGGAUCACACAAAACCUCUGCCGCAAGGUUUCCCACAAGAACGUAUCUUGGAUCUGAUUACCCAAGAAGUGCUUACUCGGCGGAGCCUGAUGAUGAGCAACCUUACUACCCUUAUGCUCCUAAACACGGGUAUCCACCCCAAAAUCAAGAACUUCCUGGACGAUUUAACUCUGGCGGUCUUCAGGUUGUCGAGCCACCUCAAAGACCAGCACAUUCAACGCAAUAUAAAAAAUACCCAUAUUAUAGAAAAGGUCGAAGUUCGAAUUUUAGAAAUAGCCGACCCUUCAUUAGGGGUCAGCUCAUUGGGUAUAGACAGACAAUACCCCAGAAAAAUGGGUUUACUAAGAUCAUUAGGAAAUACAAAUCCUUUGUAGAUCAUACGCCAAAGAGAUACGUUACUUAUGGUAAACCGUAUCUGAUAUCGUGAUUAGCUAUCAUAUUU